AUGAUAAAGACUGACUAUAUUUAAAAUCCAGGAGAGGGAACCAAGUACCUCGUGCAAAAGUACAACGACAUCCUCGUUGAAACUAUUUUAAAAGACACAUCUGCUUUUGACUUAAAGCCACACUUGAAAGCUAAGAGCUUGCAACAGCUCUAUACUUUGAUAAUAUGUGUUGAGGAUGGCAUCAAACCUCAUGUCGAGAAGAUUCUUAGAAGCAUAGUAUAUAAAUUGAUCUUGGAUGAGGAGCCUGAUAUCAGUUCAAGAGCCUAUAAGAUAGCAGAGUUGAUUGGUCUAUAUGUACAGACUGACUAUGUUCUGCCCAUGAUGAUUUCUCACUUGACUGACACUGAGAGCAAGAGUGUGCCAAGAUUUGUCUCGAGUUGUUUGACCGCUUUUUCUGCUGUCUUGAUCCAUUCUUCUGUCAGAUUUUCAGACUAGUUACAAUCAUUUAUGGCUAACUUGAUAAAGUUAAUUGUCUCCUCUGAUUUCUUGUAAAGUGAUAAUGUCGAUGUACUAGAUAGAACACUAAGAGUCACUGCUAAUCUCAUUCAUACAGCUGGUCCACUUUGCAAAUAACAUUAACACUCAUUAUUUAAGAUCCUAUUACAACUUGGUUCGAUACCAAAUAUGGCAUCUCAUAGAGCAGCAGUUGAUGAAACUCUUCAUAAACUAGCUAAGAAUUGUGGCCUAGAUGAAGGUGGGGAUCUCUUCUCUGUGGAGCUAUCAGAACUUAUUGAAGAAAUGUAAGAGUCCUAUGAGAACUGGGAUAAGCAUACUCCUGAGAGAUUCAUUUUUGAUCUUCUAGUUAGAAGAGCAAACACUGCACUUAUUGAUAAAUUUGAAGAUAUACUCUAAAUUAUUGCAGCUAAUGUUGAAAAUGAUAAGGAAUAUGAGUUGAGAAUGGAUAUGCUUGCGUUGGUUGAAUUCCUAUUGUAAGCCGAGUAGCUUCAAUCAAAUAUAGUAUUCUACAGUCAAAUCGUGCUCAAGAUGAUUUUAAUUCCAUCCACACAGUGGAAAGUCGGCAAGCCAAACAUCAAGAUUAGAAAAGCUGCAGUCAUUUGCAUGAUUAGACUUUUGGAAUUUAAACUUAUCGACAAGGAGAAGCUUUACUCCUCAUUUAAAGACAUUAUGAAUGUUCUCAAGAAUUGUAUUGAUGACGAUUGGGCUAAUGAUUUAAGAUUCGCUUCUGUGGUUUUGAUAAAGAAAAUGAUUGAGUAUAUGAAUGAGGUCUUUGAUGAAGAGGACUAUAAAGAGAUUUAUCCAGAGCUUUUAAAGAGACUAGAUGAUUCUCAAGAUUCUAUUAGAAUCGAAACAGCUAAUACAUUCAAGGUCUUCUUUACUUACUUGCCAGAUCCAUGGAGUUCAUCUCUUUACGAGUACACUGUGAAGAACAUCUUUAUUCAUUUAGACGACUAGAACUAGGAGAUAUAGACAGCAAUUAUGAGAGUGUUGGAGUUAGCAGCUAGAGUGCAAACUGAUAAGUUCCUUGAAAUUGCAAAUGACCAGAUGCAGAAGUUUUCACAUCCAGUCCUAUGCAAGAAUCUUAUUGAGUAUGUUAAGGAGACUUAUAAGAAAUGA